AGGAGCCGUUGCUGGGGACGCGAGCGGCCAUUGAGGGCGGCCAGGGGUGCCGGUGAACCCCCGCACAUCCGCACGGCGUGCGGCCUGAGCUUCCGGGGGCCGAGACUCGGCGGAGGGCCCCAUGACGGGGCACAACAAGGAGAAGCGUUAUGACUGCGACGUGUGCGGCAAGGCCUGGCAGAGCCCCAGCCAGCUGGAGAUCCACCGGCGGGUGCACACGGGGGAGCGCCCCUUCGACUGCUCGGAGUGCGGCAAGGACUUCACCUGCUACGGGGCGCUGCUGCGGCACAGCCGGGUGCACUCGGGCGAGCGGCCCUUCGGGUGCGCCGACUGCGGCCGGGGCUUUGCCCAGAUGUCGGGGCUGUGGCGGCACCGGUGGGUGCACAGCAGCGAGCGCCCCUUCACCUGCCCCGACUGCGGCAAGGGCUUCAAGUCGCCGCCGGACCUGUCGAUGCACCGGCGCCUGCACAGCGGCGAGCGGCCCCACACCUGCGGCUACUGCGGCAAGGGCUUCACCCGCUCCAACAGCCUGGUGGAGCACCAGCGCACCCACACCGGCGAGCGCCCCUACACCUGCGACCAGUGCGGCAAGGGCUUCAUCUGCUCCACCAAGCUGCUGACCCACCAGCAGGUGCACAACAGCGACCAUCUCUUCCCCUAGCCCUUUGCCAGCGACACGGACUUCGAGACAGCGUAUGACCUGAAGGCCCAGCGGCGGGCGAGAAGACCCCAACCGCUGUCCCACCAGCGGGUGUCCGUCCCACCCCCAGCCCGAUGUGUGGAUAGUCUUUGCCAUGGCCUCCUCAACUCCCGUCUCACCAGCAUGUGCACACCAGUGGCCCGCCCCACGACUCCCCGUAUUGCGGCGAGGCGUUUGACAGCCCGCGGGGGUUGCGGCAGCAGCGGCGGACCCACGCUAGCGAGCAGCUGCUCCAACGGCGGAAAGCAUUUCAAGAGCGCACGAGGGAGCUGCGGGAGCAUCAGCAGAUACACACCGGAGAGAGACCCUUUGUGUGCGCCGAGUGUGGCAAGGGUUUCACCCGCAUGUCCAGCCUGUGGCAGCACCGGCGUACCCACAGCGGUGAGCGUCCCUUCCCCGUCCCGUCCUGUGCUAACGGCUUCACCCGCCUUGACCCACCUGCGAGCCCACAACGGCCAGCGCUCCUUCACCUGCCCGCUCUGUGGCAAGGCCUUUGCCCGCUCCUCCAGCGCCACAUGGAUAGAUAGGCGCUCUUUAGGUAAACUCAAAAUGCUGUACGGAACGGGUAACGUUUCGGGUCGAGACCCCCCCCUCAGUCUCGUGCUGAAAUGUCACCGAGUCCUUCUCUCCAGAGACGCUGCCUGUCCCGCUGAGUUACUCCAGCAUUUAGUGUCCUUUUUUUGUAAACCAGCAUCUGCAGUUCCUUGUUUUUUAAACCAUCUCUGCACCUUCCCCAAAGCCUCCACAUCAGUCCUGCAAUGGAGUGACCAGAACUGUAUGCAAUACUCCAAAUGCUAAUGCUAAUAUUGGCCGAUGCAAUAUGUGACAAUAUGGAGGAUUUCUGCUUUUGCAAAACCUACUUGGCAAAGACCAUGAUUUCUGCAAAGACCAUGAGGUUCAUGGCUCUAGAAUGUCUGCAUCCUGGGGAGGAAACUAAGCACAGGGUGAUAUCCAGAUGUCCCCUCAAUUGGUAAUAUGUAUGAGGGUUUUGCAGAAAGAGCUGAGCAUUGCUGCAAAUGCAUGUACAGAUUGGUGGAGGAGAGGUAUGAUAUAAUACCACUGUUAACUAUGAUGCAUGGUCUUUCCACCUGUUAUCUUGUGAUUGGUCAAGGCCUGAAUUGUUUAUACUACCUGGUUAAAUGUUUAUUUACUAAGAGGAACUGUUUUCCCUUAAGAACUUUAUGUAGAAACAAUAUAAUGAGGUAUGCUGUGAUUGGGUUAGGGAACUGUCAAUUAAUGUAUUGUAUGAUUGGUCUCUUAAAAGGAUUUGAGUAUAGGAGCAGGGAGGUUCUAUUGCAGUUGUACAGGGUCUUGGUGAGACCACACCUGGAGUAUUGCGUACAGUUUUGGUCUCCUAAUCUGAGGAAAGACAUUCUUGCCGUAGAGGAUUUGAGUCUAGGAGCAGGGAGGUUCUUCUGCAGUUGUACAGGGUCUUGGUGAGACCACACCUGGAGUAUUGCGUACAGUUUUGGUCUCCUAAUCUGAGGAAAGACAUCCUUGCCAUAGAGGAUUUGAGUAUAGGAGCAGGGAGGUUCUACUGCAGUUGUACAGGGUCUUGGUGAGACCACACCUGGAGGAUUGCGUACAGUUUUGGUUUCCUAAUCUGAGGAAAGACAUUCUUGCCAUAGAGGAUUUGAGUCUAGGAGCAGGGAGGUUCUACUGCAGUUGUACAGGGUCUUGGUGAGACCACACCUGGAGUAUUGCGUACAGUUUUGGUCUCCUAAUCUGAGGAAAGACAUUCUUGCCAUAGAGGGAGCACAGAGAAGGUUCACCAGACUGAUUCCUGAGAUGCCAGGACUUUCAUAUGAAGAAAGACUGGAUAGACUCGGUUUGUACUCACUAGAAUUUAGAAGAUUGAGGGGGGAUCUUAUAGAAAAUUACAAAAUUCUUAAGGGGUUGGACAGGCUAGAUGCAGGAAGAUUGUUCCCGAUGUUGGGGAAGUCCAGGACAAGGGGUCACACACACAGUUUAAGGAUAAGGGGGAAAUCUUUUAGGACCGAGAUGAGAAAAACAUUUUUUUUCACACACAGAGAGUGGUGAAUCUGUGGAAUUCUCUGCCACAGAAGGUAGUUGAGGCCACACAGUUCAUUGGCUAUAUUUAAGAGGGAGUUAGAUGUGGCCCUUGUGGCUAAAGGGAUCAGGGGGUAUGGAGAGAAGGCAGGUAUGGGAUACUGAGUUGGAUGAUCAGCCGUGAUCAUAUUAAAUGGCGGUGCAGGCUCAAAGGGCCGAAUGGCCUCUACUCCUGCACCUAUUUUCUAUGUUUCUAUGGGAGAGGCUAGAUUGCUCCCGAUGUUGGGGAAGUCCAGGACAAGGGGUCACAGUUUAAGGAUAAGGGGAAAAUCCUUUAAAACCGAGAUGAGAAGAACUUUUUUCACACAGAGAGUGGUGAAUCUGUGGAACUCUCUGCCGCAGAGGGUAGUCGAGGCCACAGUUCAUUGGCUAUAUUUAAGAGGGAGUUAGAUGUGGCCCUUGUGGCUAAGGGGAUCAGGGGGUAUGGAGAGAAGGCAGGUACGGGAUACUGAGUUGGAUGAUCAGCCAUGAUCAUAUUGAAUGGCGAAUGGUGCAGGCUCGAAGGGCCGAAUGGCCUACUCCUGCACCUAUUGUCUAUGUUUCUAUGAUCUAUAUUUAUGAUUGGUUUGUAGGGGUUGCCCCUCCCCCAUGUGUUUUGCGACACUGGUCUGAAACUGUAUAUAAGACGGGACACCACAUGAGUGUGUGUCGAUCUUCUGGGGUUGGACUUGGGACCAUCUGGAGGCGUCUAUUCCCAUGAGGAUGAAGGGCUUUGACGAGUAGCGACAAGGAUCGUUCCAGCGGUGUGAUUAGGUAUCGUAUAGGAAGAGUGUUGUGAUUGAGAAAUAAAGUGGACUUGACUCAAUGUUUUAAUGAACCAGGCUAACAAGUUUGUGCUUUUUAACAAGUUUGAGUUCACAAAAUCAAUUUUGGCAUUGAGGUGGCUGCAGCCCAAUUGGUUGCCUCGCCUUUUUAAAAAGUUUGUGUUCACACAAAAUGCAUUUUGGUUGUUAGGAAUUUUAUCGGAAGAGUGUUUGUUGUGUUUGAGUAAUAAACUCGAGUUGAUCCAGUACUUGACUCGGUGUUUUACAGAACCAGUCUAACGGGGUGAGUUUAGGGGAAGAAUCGGGGCACUGCCUGGCCAAUGUUCACCAGACUGAUUCCUGGGAUGCCAGGACUGUCUUAUGAAGAAAGACUGGAUAGACUUGGUCAUGGUACACCAGUCAUUGAAGGUAGGCAUGCAGGUGCAGCAGGCAGUGAAGAAAGCGAAUGGUAUGUUAGCUUUCAUUGCAAAAGGAUUUGAGUCUAGGAGCAGGGAGGUUCUACUGCAGUUGUACAGGGUCUUGGUGAGACCACACCUGGAGUAUUGCGUACAGUUUUGGUCUCCAAAUCUGAGGAAGGACAUUAUUGCCAUAGAGGGAGUGCAGAGAAGGUUCACCAGACUGAUUCCUGGGAUGUCAGGACUGUCUUAUG